AUGCGACAAAGAGGACUACUCCUUGGUUCAACAUCAUCGCAGCCUGCAGAUCCAGAACGCGAGAAUAUUAUUACUAUGGGUAAAUUUUCCAAAAGCGCUUCAAAGUUUGACAGUAGAAUGGUUGGAUGCGAAAAGGAAUUCAAGACGAUAUUGGAUAAGCUGAUUAGGCAACAAUUAGCUGAGCAGCUCCAAGUUGUAUCAAUCGUUGGCAUGGGAGGAAUAGGCAAAACCACUUUAGCUAAGAAAGUCUACAAGGAUCCAUCAAUUAUUUCUCAUUUUUAUAAGCAAGCAUGGGUUACUGUAUCCCAAGAGUAUACCGUGGGGCAAAUGCUCAGAUGCCUUAUUGGUUGUGUUAGCGCAUCAAGUGAUGAACAAAGCAGCAAUGACCCAGGCCGAUUAGCAGAAACGCUACGUAAACGCUUGAAGGAUCAGAGAUACUUGAUAGUGAUAGAUGAUAUAUGGAGCAAAAAAGCUUGGGAAAGUGUGCAAAGAUGCUUUCCAAAUGAUAAUAACGGAAGCCGUAUACUACUGACCUCUAGGCUCAGAGAGGUGGCUGAAUAUGCUGCUAGUUCAGGUAACUCUAUCAUUAACAUGCCUUUCUUGGAUGCCAAUGAAAGUUGGAAUCUCUACUGCAGUGUGUUUGGCAAAACGAAAUUUCUUUUGGUGUUUGAGCAAAUUGGUAGAGACAUAGUGAAGAAAUGUAAAGGAUUACCUCUAGCUAUUACUUUAGUGGCUAGUCUUCUCUCCAAGACAGAUGAGAAGGUGGAAAAGUGGAAGAGUGUUGCAGAAAGUGUAAUUGGUGAUUCUAAUGAAGCAUGUUCAAGUGUACUAUCUUUGAGUUACAACCAAUUACCACACCCCUCCAAAGCUUGCUUUCUAUAUUUUGGAGUUUUUCCAGAAGAUUAUGAAAUCCCUGUAAAGAAGUUAGUUAAGUUAUGGGCAGCAGAGGGAUUUUUCGGGGCAGUGAACAAUAAGAAUACGGAGGAAAUGGCCAUGGAAUGCUUGCAAGAUCUUGUUGAUAGAAGUUUUGUUCUAGUUGGUAAACAGAGUUAUAAUGGCAAAAUCAAGACAAUUAGGAUGCAUGAUCUCUUGCGAGACUUGUGCUUAAGAGAAGCUCGAUGUGAAAAUCUCUUGAAUGUCAUUGGAAAUGAUUAUCAUUGUGCUGUUGCUGGACUAGUAAAACUUCCAUUUUACAAGAGGAAAUCAGAGCACUUGUUUUCAAAAGCUUGUCCUUGGAUAAGUAUUAAACCUGGAUGUUACAAUAUUCAAAUUAGAUCUAAGUGCUUUGACAAAUUCCAUUCCUUACACUCAGUUGAUCAUAUUGAUUUCAACAUUAAGGUGCUUUGUCAAUUCAAACUAUUAAGAGUAGUAGACAUGAAACUUGGAUUCUGGAACUUUGAAGAUGAGAUGCUAUAUAUGGCAAAUCUUGUUCACUUGAGAUACUUAGCUUUGUCCCUAAGUGAAAAAGUAGGUCCUCUUAAACUAAAGCUCUUUGAGCAUUGGAAUAUGCAAAGUUUUCUUGUCCGUGGAUGUAGUGUUAUAUUGGAUUCCUCUAAUGCAUCUGCAAUUUGGAAAAUGCCAUUAUUAAGGAAUUUUUAUGUUGACGGAAUUCAUUUUACAUUAAAGGCUUCGGAGGUUGUUCAUAGAAACAUAGAGACUAUAUCUUGGCUACGUCCGAAGUGUUGUACAGAGGAUCUUUUUACAAGGAUUCCAAAUUUAAAAAAAUUGGGAAUUCAAGGUCAAAAGCUUUUUGAAUAUGAAAAUUCAAAUGGUUUCUAUAAUUUUGUGCACUUGGGACAGCUUGAGAAACUAAGCAUCAAAAAGUGGGCUCUCAAACUUCAAUAUCGCGGCAUCCCAUGGGCAACUAGUUUUCUACCAAAUCUUAAGAAACUCAAAUUCUUUGAGACUGAGUUGCAAUGGAGUGAAAUAAGGUUUAUUGGUAUGUUGCCGAAUCUAAAAGUUCUCAAAUUGAUACAUGCUUGUGAAGGCAAAGUGUGGGAGCCAUGUGAGGGAGGGUUCCGACAAUUGAAAAAGUUGGUAAUUGAAAGCUGGAUUUGGGAAGAUUGGAAUACUGUGGGUGAUCAUUUCCCUGUGCUUCAAAAUUUAGAGUUAAGUUGCAGUUCGUUGCGAGAGAUCCCUAUUGCGUUUGCCGAUAUUACCACACUUGAAUUGAUUCAAUUAGAAUACUGCUGGGAUUCCGUUUUGGCUUCUGCGAAGCGUAUUCAAGAUGAGCUGCGAAGCUAUGGAAAUGAUACCCUCCUUGUUCGUUCUAAAUAUAUUCAGGUGUUCUUGAGUGAUGAUGGAUAUGAUGUUGGUGUAGCAUAG